AUGGCUGCUUCAGCAAUAGGAGGAUGGGUGGCCUCAGCCUUCAUCACCAAGCUAGUUGAGAAGGUGUGCUCCUAUGCUGGGGACCAGUAUGAAUACCAACGGAAAGAUACAAAGGAGAAACUGAGAAUCCUAGAGAAGAAUCUAUCAUCGAUCCAAACAGCGAUACACAUAGCCGAGAGAGUGCAGGCAAAGAACACAGCCAUGGGAAGUUGGCUAAGGAGAAUCAAAGAUGCUGCCUGUCAAGCUGAGGAUGUUCUCGAUUUGUUUGACUAUCGAGUUCUCCAAGCACAAGCUGAAGACAGGGGCAUGAUUAGCUCAGUUGCUUCAGCUGCAGCUGGCUCGUCUUCUUCAUCCGCAAGCACCAUAACCACUGCCUCUACCACCACUAGCAGUAGCAGCGGCUCAACAGUAAAUCAGUCGGUUCGUCUUCUCAAACGCGCACAACAAGCUCUAUGCCAAGCUCAGGGAAGUUUUUCGGUCGAGUUAAUGAAGAAAACCAUCUGA